AUGUCCCACACCUCCGUGUCGAGAAUGUCCCGCCACAAGACGCGCAGCAGCACCAGGCCCGGCUUCAACAUCGUGCCCUACCGCUGUGCCGCCCAGCCGCAUGCCCGCCAGCCCGGCCCUGAGCCAGCCGCCGCCGCCGCCGGCUCGUCGCGCUUCCUCUUCGUCGAGGUCCAUGGCCCGCACCGCACCCACCGCCAGGCCCUGCGCUACGACCGCUCGACCCAGGAGCUCAAGAGCCAUGUCAUGCUGGUCACCAGCGAGCGCAAGCGCAAGAGCCGCGCGAAGGACGACGAGGAUCAUGCCGCGCAGUCGCGACCGCUGCCCCCGCUGCCCCCGCAUUGCCCGCCCGGCAUCAUCUCGGACAUCGACACCCACCUUAUUGAUCCUUUCGACGUGCUCCCGAUCGAGGGCAGUCCCCGCCUGCAUGAAGCCAUGCGAUACUUCUUUGAGAACUACCCCGGCCCGACGCCCAUGACCGACGAUGUCUUCGUCUGCGACCGCAACCGGUACAAGCGCGAGCGCGUCGAGUGGAACAACACCGAGUACCAUCUCUGCUACGGCGAGCCCGCCGGCUACUACAUCACCCUCUUCGUCUACGACAUCCUGCAGAACCUCGCCACCAGCGCCGACCACCUCAGCAUGACCGCGAGCAAGUACCUGACGGCCACCAUCCGCGCCGUGCGCGAAGGCAUGCCCAAGGAGGGCUCCGAUACCCCCAUCACCGACUCGUUCGUCGCCACCGUUGGCGGCCUGAGCGUCGUGGAGGUCUUCAUCGGCCACUGGGCCGAGGCCGAGAGCCACAUGAACGGCAUGCUCGCCCUCGUCGCCGCCCGCGGCGGCAUCUUCACCUUCUCACACCUGGCCCAGCGCACCAUUAAGUGGAUCGAGUUCCUCUGCUGCGCCGCCAACGCCUGCGCCCCGACCCUGCCGCCGCUGCCCCGCUUCCCGCUGCCCGCGCAGCUCGAAGAAAUGGCCCGCGACGCCCACCGCCGCUCCAUGGCGCUGCUGCCGCGUGUCUUCAGCGAAGACAAAGUGGGCGUCGACGACGACGAGGACGACGAGGAUGACGACGUCCUCGGCACCGAGGCCGACGACUACUACUACUACGCCGAGCUCGGCACCAUCCUGCGCGAGCUGCACGAGGUCAGCAUCGGCAGCACGCUGUUCCGCGGCAAGGCCGUGGCCGCCGCCCUGGACGACGUCGAGCACCGGCUGCUGGAGGAGAUGGUGCGGCGGCGACAGCUGCACCAGCAGCGGCUGGUGCUGCAGCACCACGCGCUGCAGGGCUCACCCGCGUCCCUCGUCGACAACGUCGUCAGCGUGGACACGGUCUUCGACGCGGUGCUGCAGUCGGCGCAGAUGUACGUCUGGGCGGCGCUCAACCCGGGCCCGCGCGAGAUGGCGGCGCACUUCGUCUUCGUCGGGCGCCUGCGCGAAAUCCUCGACGACGCGGUGCCGGACCGCGCCGAGCUGGUCGAGCGGUGGGUGGAGACGACGGGGUCGGCGGACAGCCUGCUGUGGGUGCUGUUCGUCGGGUGGGGCGUGUCGUCGCAGCAGCAAGGCGACGUCAAGGGGGCCAUGUCGGUGGCCAUGUGGUACGUCGAGCGCGUGCUCGAGACCAUGGACGCGGUGGGGGUGCUGCGCAGCGAGGAGGACUUGGCCGACGUGUUGAAGCGGUUCCCGUGGGUGGACGGCUUCUGUCGCGGGCCGUGCGGGGUGCUGUGGCAUAUGUACGUACACAGGGAGUCGUCCGAGUACAGUCAAUUUCAAAGUUGA